CUCGGCCGCGUCUCGCAGAACUUCCUGAAUUUCAUUUCAGACAAGACACAGAGUAACAGAAGAGCAGCCGAGAUCACACAAGGCACUCGUCUUCUGGAUGUACAUAUCAAUGUGGACUGUGGUGACACCAUUUACCCCAUCAUUCAUUUUGGAGUCAUUUUCAAUAUGACCUGUGACUUAUGAACUCCAGGCCAACUCUUCAGGAAGAUGAAAUUUCCCUUGGUCCUUGUGCUGUUUGGAGCUCUUUUUAUCUCGCUGGUGACAGGUUAUGGGUUUAGAAACUGCAUCCAAAAGUAUGAAAGCUAUACCACAUUCAUUUGCAUGAACCGCCAAGAACUGAGCAUAUACAGUGUUGUGUCUGACAUCCCCAAUUUUGCCAAGAACCUCACAAUAUCCCAAAACACCAUCAAAAUUUUACCUUCCAGAAGCUUCCAUCACCUAUCACAGCUCCAGAGUUUGAUCCUGAGUCACAACCACCUGCAGGCUGUUGACCUGGGAGCCUUUGAAAACUUGGAAGCCUUAUAUUAUCUGGAUUUGUCUUAUAAUAACAUCUGCAAUUUAUCCUCAGGAGUUUUUUGUGGACUUAAAAGGUUAGCACAUCUCCACCUACAAAACAAUGCACUUGUUUUCAUGCAUCUUAAGGUCUUCAGCCCUCUUCUUAGCCUAAAAAGUCUCAACCUGUCAGCCAACGGCUUAAGCAAUUUCAGUAGUGUUGUCCAUGCCCUUCAGCCGCUUAACCAACUCAAGAAUCUCAGCUUGUGUGGUAAUAAUAUAAGACACCUAAGUCAUGCCCUUUCACUUCCAAGCAAUUUGUCUACACUGUUCCUCUGCCGAAAUCAACUGCAAGACUUAAAAUGCCACCAAGAUUUUUUGGGCCAAAUUAAAUAUCUUGAUCUGUCCCACAACAACCUCACCUCAUCCUCCUUGCAAAAAGUAAACCUGACUAGUACGAACUAUUUAACCGUAGCAUCUAAUCCGGAUUUCGACAUUCUGAAGUUUUUGGAGAAUCCCACCAUACCACCUGAGAGGAUCGACUACUCGAGAUUAAAUAUAAACACUACUGCUAAAUUAAGGGAGAUGUGCUCCUAUUUAAGAGGCAAAGAGAUGUCACACUUGAAUUUAAUUGGAAAUAAUUUUUGGUUUUUGCCAAACAGAACAUUGUCAGACUGUAGUCAGAGCACCCAGAUGGACUUGUCACACAAUAGGCUUAAAAAUGUCACCUGUUUAAGGUUCCUCAAGCCUUCCAACCUUUCAACUGUUAUUAUUGAACAUAACCUCUUAAAAAGGUUAGAUUCCUGCCACAAUGCGCCCAUCUUCCCAAAGCUGACAUCAAUAUCUUUCCGAUACAACAGAAUAUGGUCGGUGAUGCCUAACGCUUUUACCUUUGCGCCUAAAUUGAAGACACUAAAACUGAACAUCAACAACAUUAUGUUACUGAGCAAACGUUGUUUUUAUGAAUUAAGACAUCUCCAGAUGUUGCGUCUGGAUAAUAACCUCAUAACAGAUUUGUACUACAAUUCCUUCUUGGGUUUAGGAAAGCUUACAACUCUCAUCCUCCGGAAUAACAGGGUGUCUGUCAUUUUUGAAAAUGUAUUCCAAAAUUUGGAAAAUCUGAUUAUAUUGGAUCUUGGAGGAAAUAAGAUUACGCAGGUUAAAAAAGGCUCAUUCAUUGGGAUGAAAAGUCUUUCAAAGUUGUAUCUGGAUAAUAACCAGAUUAAACAAAUUAGCGGGGAUAUGUUCAAUGGCGUGGAGGCCACUUUGCAGGUCUUGGACUUGAAGUCAAAUCAGCUGCGGUAUCUAUCUUCUCAACAAUAUGUUACACCGUUCUCAAAACUUCAGAAGAUCUAUGACUUAAAACUUCAGAGUCAACAGCCGCAUGGUCUAACGACCAUUCCGAGAGGCUUCUUUACAGGCCUCGACAACCUACGGGCUCUGUAUUUGGGACAAAACAGACUCACCCGGUUAGGAUACACUGUGUUCGAUGAGCUCAGGAAUCUGACUUAUCUCAAUUUAGGAGAAGAUUGUAAUGGAGUCCAAAACCUCUCACCAGGAAUUUUCAAAAACUUAAUCAACCUCAGAUACCUGGAUCUGGAAAAUAUGUGUAUACAGUCUCUGAGCCCUGAUAUCUUCUCACACCUUUCCAAUCUCAGAAGACUCCAGCUAACAAAGAACGGCUUAAAACAAAUAGAUGUAAAAAUAUUUGAUAACAUGACCAAAUUGAAAUACCUGGACAUAUGUAAGUGUCCCCUGACAUGCACUUGUGAUAAUGAGGAAUUCCAAAGGUGGAUGAAUGUGUCACAUGUACAAACUGUGUACGCUUAUAAUAUAACGUGCAGCAACGACCCUCAUGUUUUCUUCCAUAGCUUUGAUACUCACGUCUGUGACCUUAAAGAGAAGCUCAUACUGUUUUCCUCUUCUUUCUCCUUCUUGUGCCUCUUGAUAAUCAUACCCAUCGUCUACAGCAAAUCUUACUGGCGCAUCAAAUAUAAUUACUUCCUUUUCAUCUCCUGGCUGAAUGAACGCUGGAAUUCUAACAAGGACCUCUACAAAUAUGAUGCCUUUGUGUCCUACAACACUCGGGAUGAAGACUGGGUAUAUAAAACAAUGCUUCCCAUGCUAGAGAGAUGUCAUCCCUCAAAAGGACUCCAACUUUGCCUCCACCAUCGGGAUUUUCAGCUCGGUAGGGACAUUGUAGACAACAUUGUGGACAGCAUUCACAACAGCCGAAAGACCCUGUGCGUGGUGAGCCGGAGCUAUCUUCAAAGUGAGUGGUGCUCCAUGGAGAUGCAGUUGGCCAGCUAUAAGUUGUUUGAUGAAAUGAGGGACGUUCUUGUUCUCAUAUUUUUGGAGGACAUCCCGUUACGAGAGCUAUCCACCUACCAUAGGAUGAGGAAGGUCAUGCUGAAGAAGACGUACAUCACAUGGCCAAGGGAACCUGAGGCGCAAAAGUUAUUUUGGGCCAAAGUUAGAAAAGCAUUGAGGUGUGGUGAACUGGAAGAGGAUGAAGAAGACUUAUUAAAUAGCGAUGAUGAAAGCCCCCUCAUGUCAAGUUGAACCUUUUGACCACAGUAGCGUAAUAACGUAUUAAGGUUGGGCGAAAAAUUGUUCAUUGUCAGUGAGAUUUUCUUUCGAUAUCUUGGUUGAUAUAAAUGAUGGGACACGUAGGAUGGAAGUAUGAGGAACUUUAAUAAAGAAAGCAGAUGACAGAUGCAUUCUAUUUGUACAGCUAAUUUAGGUAGAUGUUACAGCCCCACUGAUAGGCUGUGUCUGGUAUUGCAGCUCUUCCUCAUUCAAGGGACUUGGGACUUGUCAGAGAAUCAUGGUGUUGAAUCUUCCAUGUUUCUGAUGAAGAUCUUGUCCUUGUCUGAGCUGCAGUACCAGACACAAUUCAUGGACAAGAGUGACGCUGUUUGUGGGAAAUAAAUCAAACCUUUAUUUCUGAUCU